AUGUCGGCGGCGUUGGGCGUCUCUCCCACCAGCUCUGGGACUGUGGCGCAGAUUCUCCAUCUCCCUUGUAGCCUCUAUAUCUACACUGACACUUUUACCAGAGGAUUUUUUAAACAUUUUAAACUCAAUAUAUUGUUUAACCCUUAUCACCCAAUCUGAAUAACACUUCAUAAUUGAAGUCAUACAGCACAAAACGGGCCCUGAGGCCCAACUUGUCCACGCCGACCAACCUGCAUUUGGCCCAUAUCCCUCAAAACCUGUCCAAUCCAAAUGUCUUUUAAAUGUUGUGAUAGUCCCAGCCUCAACUACCUCUGGCAGCUUGUUCCAUACAAUCAUCACCCUCUGAAAAAGCUGCCCCUCGGGUCCCUAUUAUAUCUUUCCCCUCACCUUAAACCAAUGUCCUCUGGUUCUUGAUUCCCCAACUUUCUAUUCCCCUCGUGAUUUUAUACAUCUCCAUAAGAUCACCCUUCAGGUUCCUGCGCUCCUAGCCUGUCGAGCCCCUCCCUGUAUUUCAGGCCCUCAAGUCCCCCACACUCCAGACGUACUUGCUUUGUUAGAAAAAAACUGAAGAACCCAGGGUACAAGGAGAAAUGAAUAUUUGAUGUUUUUGGGUUGAAAGUUUGCUUUUGGACAGGAACAUUCCUUUCCUUCCACUGAUGCUGCUCGACCCACUGGGUUCAGCAACAGAUUGUUUCAGAUUUCGGUGUUUGCAGUAUCUGUGUUCCUGUGGGAUUACAAGGGGUUAAUGUUUGAAAAAGCGGCGAUAGAGACCACAAGUAACUCCAGCUUCAGGAACGGAUUCUUCCCCGCUGAUAAUAGUCCUCUCAAAAGCUAUGGGUGGAGUCCAGAUUUUCCAACCUACCUCAUUGAAAAAUAAAAAGGGUAUCAAGUAAGCCAACUGGCGAGAGAUCUGAUUGUCCCAGUGUAUAAUUUGGAUAAUGCUAGUAUGUAGGAAAAGCUAUUAGAAACGCUAACUGAGCUUUAUAUACUAGGAGGGGAAUUUAAUAUGGAAGUAGGAAGGUUCUGCCAUGGCUAUACCAUAUCUGGAGCAUAUACCAUAUCUGGAGCAAUUUGUACAGUACUGAUCUCCCUAUGUAAGAGUAUUGGUUUGAUUCUCAUGUUGGAGAUUGUCAUUCUCAAGCACAUUUGUGGCUUAGAUAUUUCUUUACACUUACCAGCUUGUGCCUGAUGUUGUCUAGGUCUUGUUGCAUCAGUGGUCAUCCCUAUUCCUGACCAUAUAAUGAAAGGAAAGUCAUAAUGAAGCAGCUAAAGAUGAUUGGGCCUGAGAAACUGUCCUGAGAAAUCCCUGCAGUGCUGCCCUAUGUUUGGUUAAAUUUACCUCCAUCAACAAUAACCAUCUUCCUUUGCGAGGUAAUGUGGAAACAUUGCACAGUUCCAGCAAUAUUACCAGGGCACCCUCCAUUACGUCAAGAAUAAAGCUAUAUAGUAACUCAACUCAUCACAACAUGGCAAUGAUAUUCAAACUUUUUGUGGGAUUCUUUAUAUUUUUGCAACUACAAUUGGGCAGUACUUAUAUCAUUGUUUGUUAUUUCACAAACUGGGCACAACACAGAACUGGAAUUGGUCGGUUUGCGGCUAAGGAUAUUAAUCCUUUUUUGUGCACCCAUUUGAUUUAUGCUUUUGCUGAAAUAACUGAAGAUUAUAAAAUUUUUAUCAAAGAUCCAAAGAAAGACAGUUCUUUAAAAGCAUUUAACGGUCUCAAGUCUAGGAAUAGUGAAUUGAAGACACUUCUUGCUGUUGGAGGUUGGAACUUUGGUUCCUUUCGUUUUAAUAAAAUGGUGAGUACUCAGUUAACUAGAGCAAUAUUCAUCCAAUCUGUGAUUACCUUCUUGAGGCAUUAUCAGUUUGAUGGUUUAGAUUUGGAUUGGGCGUUCCCUGGUGUACCAGGAAAUCCACCAGAAAACAAACAUCUAUACUCAAAAUUGAUUCAGGAACUGAAAACCUCAUUUAUACUUGAGGCAACAAAAGAAAGUAAAUCUACAUUAUUGCUUUCAGCUGCCGUAGGUGCAGGAAAAAAGACCAUUGAUAAUAGUUAUGAAAUACCCAAGAUUAUUAAAUAUCUGGAUUUUAUUGGUGUGCAGACAUUUGAUUUCCAUGGUCCCUGGGACAAUUUCACAGGUCACAACAGUCCCCUGUAUCCUCGGAAAGACAAAAGGGGUGAUUCUAUGUAUUUAAGUGUUGACUUUGCUAUUAAAUACUACAGAGGAAAAGGUGUACCAGGAAAAAAGCUGAUAGUUGGAAUUGCCACUUAUGGGCGGAGCUACAACCUCUCAACUUCAUUUAGCGGAGUUGGUGCCCCAAUAACUGGUCCUGCACCAAGCGCCAAAUACACAAAUGAAUCUGGUGUCAUGUCAAAUUAUGAGAUCUGCGACUUUCUGAAAGGUGCAAACUAUUUUUGGGAUGAAGAUCAAAAGGUUCCAUAUGCAGUCAAGGAUCAUAUAUGGCUUGGAUAUGAUAACCUACGAAGUAUUAAAGUCAAAGUCGACUGGUUAAAGGAGCGUAAAUAUGGAGGAGUUUUAGUGUGGACCAUUGAUUAUGAUGAUUUACAUGGACAUUGCCAACGUGGAUCAAAUCCUGUAUUGGUAUAUAUAAACCAACUGUUCACAGCAUCUUCAGAUUCGCAGUUAACUACAUCCAGAAUGAAAAUAUUUGUGCUAGUUUUGGAAAUAAUGAUGGCAAUAUUAUAUUGAUGAUGCUUCAACAAUAAAGAUUGCACUUGCAUUGACCUGGAAGAUCCUAGUAAAUCUGUCUUUGCUCAGACAACAGCUAUCGAUCAUGAAUAUUAUCUUUACGAUCUGGCCUAUGUCGAGAACUGUUGGAACUAGCCUUAAAACAUGUCAGUUGAGAUAGAGUAUCAGCAGAAUGGAAUAUCAACCAGUUGAGUGUUUGUACAAUUGACAAUCUAAUUCUUCUGUACUAACUAGAAAUGUGUAAUUUGAAUCGAUGUUGGAGAUAAAUAAUAUUCAAAGAGGGAACGUGCAGUUACAGAAAUCACAAAGACUUAAUUUUUCCCAUAUAGUUUCCAUAGUGUCUUUGAUGGAGACCUUCAAUGGUGAAUUGGGCGAAAAAAAUGCCAUCCUGAUUAGUAAUUUGACACAUAAUCAACAUAUUUUCAAACUUUGUUCUAUAAUAUUCACAAGCCACAGAAACAACCAACCAGUCCAUAAUGGCAUCAAUCAUUAAAACCACAGUAUGAAUCACAAAAUGUUAUCUUUAGGUUACUUCCAUAAGGUCCCAGUUUAAGGCAAUAUAAUUUAAGAUGUUUGAUACUGUUAUACAGAAGAUAG